UUGUUUGUGGCGCUGGCAGAAUACUAAUGAGGUUUAAACAUUCAUGAGUCAAGUUGGCAACAGUUGUCCACAUGUUGAUGAGCAGCAAAUACGGUAUAUGAUUGGUUUUUAUUGUCAUUUUGUGAAAUCUGACAACUUUUGCUGUGUAGUUUAUUUCUUGAACAUUAUUUAUAACUUGCUAGUUUUUAGCGAGAUAAUAUAACUAGCUACAGUAAGGUUAGUCUAGUAGCUAAAUUAGCUAUCCCAAAUCAAGUUCUUCGAUCAUGCUGUUUGUGAACUUUUGUCUUAGCUAGUUUCACCUGAAAAGUUGUCACCAAAAUGUCUGCAAUUAAUACAUACAUAAUGCAUGUACAACUACAUAAUUUGUAAAGGUUUUGUUAUGUGCUAGCCAGCUAUGACUCACGGGCAGUCAUAUGGCUUAACGGGAUUUAUGCGUCACAGCGCGCCUUUCUGGACGAAGACCUGCCAGACUGUAAUGCCCUUUGGCUUUAACAAUAGUUAACCUGCUAAAUUAGCUUAAUGUUUACAUGCAAAGAGUUCUUGUCACCCUGUUUUGUGUUGUAAGGUAGGCUUUGCUUGCUACAUACUUCAAGGACAUUGAGAUUCAUUGAUGGAUGAAACCACUCAUGGGGGUAACAUGUUGCUUCCUAUUAUAGCUAAGCUAAAGUUUAUUGUUUGUUGUCAAAUGUGGUAACUAGCUACUAAUCUGACGAAAGACACGCUCGUAUAUCUUAAGAAUUUGGACCAUCAUUACAGCACAUCAGUGAAACAUGAUGAAAAAAGAGAUUGCAGCAGUGGUGUUUUUCCUGAAAAGACUGAUCAAAAAGGUGGAAAAGUUAGAGACCCAGAAACUGGACUUGUUUGUGGAGCAGUUUACUGUUGCCCUGCAGGAGAAGUUCAGGGGGCAUUGGUACCCUGACAACCCCAGCAAAGGACAGGCCUUCAGGUGUAUUCGGCUGAACAGGUUGCAGAAGGAGGAUCCAGAGUUGCUGCGGGCCUGCCAGGAGAGUGGGGUUCAGUACAAGGACCUUGGCCUGCCCAGAGAACUCACUCUGUGGGUAGACCCUGGGGAGGUGUGCUGCAGGUAUGGAGAGAAGAACCAUGCUUUCACGGUGGCCAGUUUUUUUGGUGAUGAGAAUGUGACUGAGAAGGUGACCAGCGCUGUGGAGAGGGUGACGUCUGACUACCACUUCGGUUCUUCUUCAGAUGAGGAUAGUGGCCUCAGGGAAACCCGUCCAUCCCCUACCUGCCCCUAAAAUCACCACACAUACCAGGUGAUCUACCCAGCUGCUCCUUUGUGGCGUCGUCAAGUGCCCAAGCAAAAGAAGAUGGGGCCUGGUAAAGGAUAUGACGUCCCUCCACGUCCUCCUCACUAUGGCUUCAGACCUCAAGGCAGACCCACCCAGCCCUUCAGACACAAAGGCUGGGCUCUGCCUGGCUAGAGAGGGGGGCUCGGAUACUGGGGUGGCACUCCAGGCCUGGCUUACUGUUAGGGACCACUGUAGCAAGUGUUGACGUUAGUAUUAGCCUGUUCCAGGUUCCCUGAGCUGUUGAGGCUAACCACUAGAGCGAGCAAUAGUUCAUGGGUGACAGGUAGCCUAGCGGUUAAGAGUGUUGGGUCAGUAACUGAAAGGUUGCUGGUUUAAAUCUCCGAGCCGACUAGGUAAAACAUCUGUCGAUGUGCCCUUGAGCAAGGCACUUAACCCUUAUUGCUCCUGUAAGUUGCUCUGGAGAAGAGUGUCUGCUAAGUGACUGACAUGUUAGAGGGAAUGGGAAUGAAGGGGCAAACAAAGUCCACCAAGAUGUCUGACCACAUUUUUUAAAUGUAUUUUUGUAGUGAGAUAGUCACUGGAAUUUGUUAUUUUUAUGAUAAGAACAUUAACUCUAUACACUUGAGAAAAUUUGUAAUCGUGUGAGUAAAAUAAUUCGUUGUAAUGGAUAAGGAAUAUAGGAAUUUUAUGUGUAUUUUAUAGAUACAAAGAUAUAUGUACUGUAUUUAUUUUUUAUGGGUUAAUUGUAUGAUACCUCCUGCUGUACUGUCCAUCAGUUACGUUCCAAUGAGAAAUUGUUUUAUUUAUUCAGUGUACUAGUAUAUCAGCCUCCAGUAUUUAUGCUGCAGUAGUUUAUGUGUCGGGGGGCUAGGGUCAGUCUGUUACAUCUGGAGUAUUUCUCUUGUCUUAUCCGGUGUCCUGUGUGUAUUUAAAUAUGCUCUCUCUAAUUCUCUUUCUCUCUUUCUGUCUUUCUCUCGGAGGACCUGAGCCCUAGGACCAUGCCUCAGGACUACC